GACUUCACAUUUCCUGGUUUCUUAUCGUGUGUGUUAACCCACUAUCUGACGUGGUUUUAACUUCCGUUAGAAGUAGUGCAAGACGGAUCUGGGAGAUAUCUUUAUUGCCACAAACUCUGGAACGGUGAGAUAAAAUACAGAAUUCCUGAUUCUGGUGCGUACGGCAGUGGAAUACCGUUUGUAAUUAACUAGAUAAAACCAGUCACACCUUUAAAAUUAGCGUCAUCUCUACUGAGAAGUUUUUAUAUUCUACCAAAGCGAUAUGACAAUGGACGAUGAUGGGUUGACAGUGAGUGCCGAACAGUGUGUUAGAUAGCAGUUGACUGGUAUUGAGCGACACACAUCGAUUUGAGGACGACCGGUUGUGUGCACUGUCACUCUUGUCUGUUACAGUGGCUUUUGUCAUCUGUUGAAACACCAGACAACGGGUGAAAACAAAAGUAAAGUUAUUACAUGUUUACACUGGAGACGACGCUAUGAAUUUCACAGAGAUUUAGCAGGGCACACACAUCGGCGGACAGUGCGCGAUUUCCAACCAGCAUUACACUCUUGGAAAGCUACAGUUCAAGUUAAGAGGUAACAAUGGCCGAAGCUCCUUCUCUUGACACCAUCCCGACCAAACACCUGAAGAUCGUGUUUAAGAAAUAUGUCGACAAGUCCAUGGCGUCCUCCAGCAAGUCGACCGGAAAUGACGUCAAACCUCUGGCGGGCACGUGCACCUCGGUGGGAACUCUCCUGGAGCAGUGUGUGGGCAAGAAGUACAAAGAGGCUAACGACAGCAUCGUGUUUAAGAAAUACACAGACAAAACCAAAGGGAGCCAGACUUUCGGUAAGCUGAAGGCAGACACUUUUUGUAUGAAGGACUUCUGGCUGGAGCUGGAGGCGGUGAAGAUCGCGGCGGAGAAGAAAGUGAAGAAACCCGCCCUAGACGACGCUAAAGUCGUGGAGGGGGCGAAGCAGACGAUGACUAAAGUAGCCAGUUUCCACUCCGUGGACCUCACAGCCGCGAAGAAGCCAACGACCGGAGGAACAGCCGGCGCAGUGACAGACAGACUGACGGACACGAAGCGAUACACCGGCUCACACAAGGAGAGGUUUGACGAGUCGGGCAAAGGGCGGGGCACGGUGGGGCGCAAGGACGCACCCGGCGGAUCGGGCUACGUAGGGAACUACAAAGGUGCAGGGACGUACGGGAGGGGUUCAAACGCAGCAGACAAGUCGGAAAGCUCCAAACCCUCAACAGUAGGCGGGCACCCAACUGGCAAAAAACCCGAAACCGGAAACAGUACGACCGGAAAAGGAAGAGGAACUGUGGGUAAAACCGACACGACAAAAACAACCGGCCAGGCCGGUGCCAACAGAAGGUCCGGGUCUUACGACAAGAAAUAAAUUCAAGUGCCUGCUCGUGUAUUCCAAACUUUGGGCUGUUACAGAAAUCAGUGCAUGAGUUGAGCAACUGAGGUGGGAGUUAGGCGGAAUGUUUUUCAAACAGUAACCUAACCGCCUGUAGAAUACAUUUAAACAAUUUCAGAUCAUAUGAUUUAAAAGUAGUUUCCGAGAGUCCAUUCUAUAACAAUAAGCCCUCUCACACACGUAUGUAUUCCUGAAGCAGCCCGGAUGGACGUUUGACAAUAAAAACAGUAAUAAGACGUUUUUGUUUGAAAUACGUCACACUUUGUAGACCAAUGAAACGUCACUUAUUCAAUGGGCAGCCCUUUUUAAAUACGUUUUAAUAUUUUAUUAUAACUAAAAAUGUAUAUUUUGACAAUUGUAUAGGUGUAUUUUAAUAUUUUAAGAAGUUUGUGCAAUGAAGUACACAGAAUGCAUGUUAUAAUCCACUUUCAAUUUAUAAUUAUAAGAUUUAAAAAAUCUGUUUACAGCUGUACAUGUCGUGGAGCGGUUUGAUUAUGAUUACGAUGUGUCUGUCUGUCUCUCCGUCUGUCUAUCUGUCUCUGUGUCUGUCUAACUCUCUAUCUGUCUCUGUGUCUGUCUAACUCUCUGUCUGUCUAUAUAGCUCUCAAUCGAUUAGCUACUUAAUUCAACCAGUAAUCCUGAGAACUUGUUUGAAAGACAUCCUUCACCAUGUGAUUGGUUCGAAAUUCAAGCAAAAUUCUUCUUGUCAAUUAAUUCUCGUCCAAGCUGAAUGUUUACCGCUAAACACGUUUGGGCCUUUCAACACUUUACACAUAUUUUGAAUCUUAGCAGUUUCAUAGCAGAAAUAUUGUUGAUCGGGUUUUUGUUAACAAUUAAAGAGUUUGGGUUUGGGGUUUUAAAACAAAUCUGUUGAAUACCGUAUAUUCAUUCUGAAAAUGUCCCCCAAAUUUUAAAUGUUUUCAAAUGUGAAUAACCUUACUCUUCCCACUCUAAUUGACAUAUGAACCACCCACAUAUAGACAUUAAUUUUUAGUUGGAGUUUAUAAGCGUUAUUUAAUUACUACUUUAAAUCUGCAAUUAUUUCUUCGUUAUUAUUUGCCUAUACAGAAAAGCGACUGUAUCACUCGUAGGUUAAUGUAAUGUUUUAUUAACUGUAAUGGAUAUUUUAUUGUUCAUUGUUGUUUUUAUGUAAUGAUUAAAUUGUUCAAUACA